CCUGUCUCGUUCUCUGUUUCUUUCCUCUAUUAUUUUCCACUCAGUUUCUCGUGGUUUAAAAUGGCGGCGUUGAGCAGCGCCGAGUCCCCACCGCCCGUCUUCAACGGAGACACCAUGAACCGCGAUCCGGAGCGGGACCCGGGACUGGACGAGCUGGGCGCGGGGCUCGAACCCGCCUGUCCCGGAGGAGCGGCGAUCCCCGAAUGUCAACAGGACAUUCCCGAGGAGAUAUGGAACAUCAAACAGAUGAUUAAGUUAACCCAAGAGCACCUAGAAGCCCUUUUAGAUAAGUUUGGAGGAGAACACAAUCCACCAUCUAUAUACCUGGAGGCCUAUGAAGAGUACACUAGUAAGCUGGAUGCAUUGCAGCAGCGGGAGCAGCAGCUUUUGGAGGCCAUUGGGAACGGAACAGAGUUCUGCUCUUCGCCUACACCCACCCUGCUGGAUGUGAAGGGACCGGGCAUCCAGAGCGCCCCCGCUGCCCCAAACACUUUGGCUGUACUGCAGACUCCGACAGACGCAACACGAGGGAAUCCCCGCUCGCCCCAGAAACCCAUCGUAAGGGUUUUCCUGCCCAACAAACAGAGGACAGUGGUUCCAGCUCGUUGUGGGAUGACUGUGAGAGACUCCUUAAAGAAGGCUCUGAUGAUGCGAGGCCUGAUCCCAGAAUGCUGUGCGGUUUACAGGGUGCAGGAUGGGGAGAAGAAGCCCAUUGGUUGGGACACAGACAUUUCCUGGUUGACGGGGGAGGAGCUCCACGUUGAGGUUUUAGAGAAUGUGCCACUGACGACCCAUAAUUUUGUGCGAAAGACCUUCUUCACACUGGCCUUCUGUGACUUUUGUCGGAAGCUGCUGUUUCAGGGCUUCCGCUGCCAAACGUGCGGCUACAAGUUCCACCAGCGCUGCAGCACAGAGGUCCCGCUCAUGUGUGUCAACUACGAUCAGCUGGAUUUACUGCUGGCAUCAAAAUUUCUGGUGCACCACCCCAUUACCCAGGAGGAGGCGUCAUCAGAGGGCACAACACCUAUUUCAGAGAUGUGCCCCUCCCUCCCUCCAUCUGAGUCCACUGGGUCUCUGUGCCAUCCUACUGUGUCCCCGUCCAAAUCCAUCCCUAUCCCACAGUCCUUUAGACCCGGAGAAGAGGACCACCGCAACCAGUUUGGCCAGAGGGAUCGCUCUUCCUCAGCCCCUAACGUCCAUAUCAACACCAUCGAGCCGGUCAACAUUGAUGAUUUGAUCCGUGAUCAAGGCUUACCGAGGUCAGAUGGAGCCCCCUCGCAACACCCAGCCCGCUGCUUGAGGAAGAACCGAACACGGACCUCAAGCCCCCUUCUGUCCUCCCACCCCAAUGACAUUGUCUUUGAUUUUGAGCCUGAGCCAGUGUUCAGAGGCUCUACAACAGGCCUGUCGGCCACACCUCCUGCCUCCCUGCCUGGUUCUCUGCCCAAUGUGAAGGUGUCGAAAUCACCCUGCCAACCGAGAGAGCGGAAGCCAUCGUCUUCGUCUGAGGACCGCAAUAAAAUGAAAACACUGGGUCGACGGGACUCAAGCGAUGAUUGGGAGAUCCCAGAAGGUCAGAUCACCCUUGGGCAGCGGAUAGGAUCUGGCUCUUUUGGAACCGUCUACAAGGGGAAGUGGCACGGUGAUGUGGCGGUAAAGAUGUUGAAUGUCACAGCUCCCACUCCACAGCAGCUACAGGCCUUUAAGAAUGAAGUGGGUGUCCUCAGGAAAACCCGCCAUGUGAACAUCCUGCUCUUCAUGGGCUACACCACCAAACCCCAGCUGGCUAUAGUUACACAGUGGUGUGAAGGUUCGAGUCUCUACCACCACCUACACAUCAUCGAGACCAAGUUUGAGAUGAUCAAGCUGAUUGACAUUGCCCGUCAGACAGCUCAGGGCAUGGACUAUCUGCACGCCAAGUCCAUCAUCCAUAGGGAUCUGAAGAGUAACAAUAUCUUUUUGCAUGAGGACCUAACAGUAAAGAUUGGUGAUUUCGGUCUGGCUACUGUGAAGUCCCGCUGGAGUGGCUCACAUCAGUUUGAGCAGCUUUCUGGCUCUAUCUUAUGGAUGGCUCCAGAGGUGAUCAGACUGCAGGACAAAAACCCGUACAGUUUCCAGUCGGAUGUCUACGCGUUUGGCAUUGUGCUAUAUGAGCUCAUGUCAGGGGCUCUGCCUUACUCUAACAUCAACAACAGAGACCAGAUUAUCUUCAUGGUUGGCCGGGGUUACCUGUCUCCUGACUUGAGUAAGGUGCGCAGUAAUUGUCCCAAGGCCAUGAAGAGACUUAUGGCCGACUGUCUGAAGAAAAAGCGAGAGGAGAGACCUCUUUUCCCUCAGAUCCUGGCCUCUAUUGAGUUGCUGGCACGCUCUCUGCCCAAGAUCCACCGCAGCGCUUCUGAACCGUCCCUUAACCGCGCUGGAUUCCAGACAGAGGACUUCAGCCUGUACAUCUGCGCUUCCCCCAAGACGCCCAUUCAGGCUGGUGGCUAUGGUGAAUUCUCAGCGUUUAAAUAGUGCUGCAAAUCCUACAACUCCAUCCCCUGUCAGUUUUUACGACGUCUUGUGUUCCUACGGUGGGUUCAUCCAUAACAACACAGAAAAGGACUAGUUUUCAAAAAGAAUGUGCUGUUUUUCUUCCUCUUUACCCGAAGAGCUACGGGCCUCAACGGAAUUGCUUUAAAAUAAAAUGAUCUCUGCAGGGUGUCAUUGCUGAUUUUACAAAAAAUCUCAUAAACAUCACAUAGGACUCGAAAACGCAGCGUUACAACAUAAAGACUGAUGUGAGAAACCAACAGCUGGUCACUGGAAAGAAAAAGCAAACAAACCCAAAUAGAUCGUGGCGGGGAUGAAAAUCUUUCCCCAAGAAGAAGAUAAUUGGGUUUGGGAGCACAAGCCCCGCCUUCACUCCGCCCGGAGGGGAAGAACACACAGCACUGGCCAAUCAGAAAACAGGGUCCAGUGGCAUGGAAUAAUGGAAAAAUGAGAGAGACGACGUCAAGUCGCAGUCGUGGAAAGGUGCUGAAUGUCAGGAGAUCACUUGAAUGAUAUUUAGAAACGUUGCAAUGAGUUUGUGACGUCGGGCUGGAGUUACUAAUAAUACAAAUUUAUUUUAUCUUCAACAUUUUUUUUCCCUCAAGGGUCAUAUGUUGUAGAUAAACAGACCCUUCUUUUUCGUUUACAGAUAUAGUUUGUGAACAGUGGUAAAUGAAGCAACCAUCAAAAGACCUCUUUUUUGUUUUUUUACAAAUAUAUAUAUUCUAGAAUAUUCUGUAGGUUUUUUUGCUUUUAAUUCUUCAAGGCAAACUCUAGAAUUUUUGUACGUUUUUUUGCAUUUCACAUCCCCACUAAUGUCGCCUCUCUUGGAUUGGCGCAACUACCGUCAGACGUUUCCGAGGUGGGCAAAAUCAAAGCGGUUCCCGCGCUUCUAGAGAAUGUGAUUGUUUUAUUUAGUUUCGCCUCCUUAUAGUAGCUAAUGUCAUGUUUCUGAAUAAGGUCAUAUUAUUUAAAGUUUCUUGUAGAAAAACCCACUGUAUAAAGCAAACACGAAGCCUUGCUAUGGAGUUACAAUGUGGGCGUAUUUCAGAUGUAUUUCUGUAUUUUCACUACAACUUUAAGCUUAACUGUCUUUAUUAGAAGCCAUUCCUUUGAGGCCAUGGUUAACGAUUUUCGUUUUUUGAGAUUCGAUCCAUCCAAGUCAUGUGACAACUCUUUGGACCUUGCACCGCUGGAUUCAUUCCGACAUGUUUGUUCACGGGUCAUAGCUUUUUUUUCUUUUUUUAAGUUUAAGUUUCAUAGUUUUUCUUGUGUUAUAGACAGGCAGGCCUGCAAAAAUACAUUAAUUUAUAUUGCUUUAAUUUUAUGACUUUUUGUUCGGUGUCGUUUCAAACUCUCGGAGAGGUUGCGUGUGUGUGUGUGUGUGUGUGUGUGUGUGUGUGUAUAUACAUAUAUAUUUUCUCUCACUCAUUCUGUGAUUUGCUGAAAUGUACAUUACGCAGUGUGUCUGUGCACUUUGUAUAAAUGACUGAUGCAGAUAAGCAAUUUUGCCUUUUUAAAGACCUAAUAUAUUUUGUCAUAUGAAGAGGUUAAAGCAUGGUUACCGGAUUGCAAAAUGAAUGAAAAUCGAUUUCAAAAAGCAGGCAGGGCCAUGGGACACUAAAAACCAAAGCUAAAUCCAACCUCCUAACGCCAUCUGUGUCCACCUUCGCCAUUGCCGGAGAACGGUUCGCCCUAGGACUCGAACAGGCUUCCUGCUCGCGAAGCUGCGACUCUUCGUUUCAAGUUGGUCCAAAGACUUCUGCGUCAACCCUCUAGCAUAGCUUUGGGCUGUAGUGACACUAGCACUGUGUAGCCCUGAAGUUCACCUAGACACUGUGGACGGUGGAAAAGCCCUCGUAGAGAUGCUUUUCGUUAUUUCGGCCUCUUCGUAGUGAAAUUUGCUUUCGGCUCCACGAAAUGCUUGAUGUUGCACAGAUAACCGAGGCUCUGCGCUUGGUUCGCCACUCGUGCUCUGUUACAAAAGCGAGGACGCGCGCCCCAUCUUCUUGCUUCUGUUGAGAUGGAUUGAAUUAUUUAUUUUGGUUCUUUUCGAUUAUUUUUAUAAGGACGAUGCUCUGUGAAUCGGUUCCGCCACUUAAACUUGCCAUUAAGGAAAGAGGAGCUCCACGGAUCCUUUGACGGUGGUCACCGUUUUCACAUGUAUAGUUUUUGACAAGACGUUUGAAUGGACUCGUUCUCAGAUUAAGCUGGAAAACCUAACGUUGGUUGCGUUUGGAGAUGGUAGAGGUGUAUUUUAAGAAUGCUGUAUUUAUUUUCUAUGGGAAUGUUACUGAGGAGGUCUGACUUGUGAAGGAUUGAUCCUUCUUGACUCUGGAAUACUUGGGGACCUGCUUGAUUACAACUCGGAGAUACACACACAUAUAUAUAUUUAUAUAUUGUUGUUCUCUGAAACCAUUUUACUUUCACUUCCCCGAACCCCCAUUUUAUUUGCUUUUUAAAGCCUUCACCAAAAACGUCCGUAUCACAUUCCUUUCUGUUGCCUUGCCUGCACUUUAAAACCCCCCACCCAACCCCACCCCAGUGCAAGUUCAUUCAAGUGAGAACUAUCAUACAAAUGUUUGGGAGACUCUUUUCAUCUGUAAAUAGCUGUACAAAGGAAGUACUGUCCGUUUGCUAGGAGGCAUGGAGAUAAAAACAAUGAAAUGACUUCAAAUGUUUCAACUUAAGAAAUAAAGGUUAAGAAAAGACAUUUUGAUAGAUGAAAUUCUGAGAAAAUAUUUCUGUGUAAAAAUAUUUAAGACUGUAUUAUAUAAAAGGAAAAAGAGCUUAAUGUAUUUGUUGUGAAUAUGAAAAACUGAUAUAUUAAAGAAGUGCAUGAAAACUG